CCAAGUCACGCCAUUCCGAAACAAUUAUCUUCACGUUUUGAAGGAGGAUAUCCAGAAACAUGAAAAGGGAUACUAGAGAAAAGCCUUUGUACUGUUCGUAGCCGUUAUUAUUGCCAGUAGAAAAGUAAAUAGUAAGUGAGAUAGUGUCUGCCUGGACGUACUUGUACAGUAUGGAUCAUUGUCCAGUCUGUAGCGAGAAAUUGUCGGAUGGGAGCGACCUGCUGGAGCAUUUCAGAAGCAGCUGCAAAUCGUCCGGCUACCGGCACACAAGUAGCAUUUCGCGAACACACGGCACAUCUACAACAUGUAGUAGCGAACCACUAGCCCAUGCUGGAGCAUCGGCAAGUAAACAGAGUGUCAAUGUGAUCUUCAAGUGGCUUCCUCAUCGUUCUGUUUCUGACAGAAAUGUUCACUUGUUUGGAGAUAAGUCCUUGAAUCGGGGCAAUCCUCUGCGCCUGGACGCGGGAGCAUCUGGAAAUUUCUCCUCUAUGAAAAUCCCCGUGGAUGUUGGCGAGUAUAGCAGCUGUCAGCUGGCGCUGGAAGAGGGAGACAUGUUGGCCUUGCAAUCAUUCCUAGUUACAGAGAGGACGACUGUCGUUUACCUCUUCACUGAGAACAAGUUUGAUUUGCUGCCAAGCCAGUCCUUGCUUUCAGGUAUGCAUCAGAGCAACCCCCUAUCGGCCUACGCACAACAUUCUGAUAGCAGUGAUGGGGAAUUGUCUAGCACAGCUGCCUCUGGCCAUAGAGCUCCUGCUCUUCCUCAUCACAAUGCCGGUGGUGUUGCCGGAAUUGAUGAUGAUUCUGAUGCUGAUCGAUUUUACAGUGCGGUGGGUGGUAUUUCAGACGACCUUGAUCCCAGAGGUCAAGACUCCUUGGUGCGUCGACGGCCCGACGGGGCUGCCACAGCAAGCUCUGAAGCUUCAUCAACUCCGGCAAGUUCUACUCUCUACCGGGAGCUGCUUCUCCAUCAAAUCGGCCAGGAUGACAGUCUUAUCAGCAGGCAAGUUCUCCAUGAAUCAGAAAGGACCCAUGCACACCGCGAGGAGGAGGAAUCUCACACCCAACCGCAAGCAGUAGUGCCCUCUGCACGCACGGCUUCUCCAGCUUCAGUUACUUCUUCUGUUAGCACUGCUGGCACUGCUAACACUGCGGGAAAUGGAAGAACUGGAAGAAGUAGAAUGGCGAUGCGUGCUCGUCAUGGUGACACAGCACCUGUGCCCAUUGCAUCUACUACUCACCAGCUCUUCACUCCUCUUGGAGAUAGCCGUCCGCUAUCGAGUUCGCUGGGAAACCUCCGGCGUGGAACAGCUCCUCUGUCAAACCAGUCCUCCGUAGAAGUUGGCAGCCACGAGCCUGUCACAAGCAGAUCCAGCAUCUUGCCACGGGUAACGCAAGGACCCACACUUGCCGCAGCAUGGUCCUCACCACGUCAAGGUUCUGAGCCGGGCACUGGGUCUGCAUCAGAUCAGCAGCUUGGUCAAGCCACAGCCACCACACAUGCAUCAGAAGCUGUGGCAGGAUCUCUUCCACAUGCAACAACCAGGAGUGCUACAUCUGGUGGUAGACAGACGUUUGUGAUCAGUGAUAUCCGUGUGUUGAGAGAUGCAUCUGCCCUGCCAUCAUCAGAUCGCCGCCAGCAAUCACAACAACAACAGCAGCAGCGACCAAACAGUGCACCAGUUAGGCGAAAAGCACCCGUUGAUCAAACUGAGAGUUACUUGUGGCGGCCAAAUGAUUUCAAACCACCUACCACAGAUAUGAUGAGUGGGAAUGGAGAGACCACUACUAGUAGAGCCACUGGUGCCGCUGCUACUGCUGCUGCUGGGGAAGGAGUAGAGACUGCUGCUACUGCUGCUGCUGCUGGGGAAGGAGUAGAGACUCCCCUCUCAAUCGGAGUGUUUACUUCUUCGCCUGGAAGUUCAAGCCGUCCCAUUGCCGCAGGCAGUAUAUCGACUAUUGCACCCGGUGCAAUUCCCUUCAAGCCACCCCAGACACAAGCUGGCCAUGUUGGCAGUCCUGAUGCACAUGCCGCUGGUAUCCAUUCAAGUCUGGGGCAGGCAGCAUCACUUCUCACGCCCGGAGCUCUCUACGAGAGUGUUACCAACAGCAGUACUGCGCCAACGAUGGCACUACCCAGAACUUUGCAGAAUCCAGGGCCAAGAAAGACAGCCACAGAGACAAGUACAUCAAUUCAGGACUCACCAAUACAGGUGAACACUGGCCAAACUCAGAGUAUAACUUCUGAACAGCAGCAGCAGCACCAGCAGAGGCGCCAUCAGGGUCAUCAGCAGCGUCGGCAACAGCAGAGACCAUGUGACAGCAGUGAGAGUGAUGAGAGUGAUGGAAGUACACGUUCUGCUGCUUCGUCCUUUGGAUCGCUGUCCGAUGUUCAGGCUUCUGAGUAUGGCAGUCAAGCGAACUCUGGAAAUGAGAGCCUGGAGUUGUCUGAUCCUUCAGACAUGGAUGACAACGACAACAGAGGUGCUGCAGCUAGUGCUGGCCCAGGCAAAUCCAAAGCUCCGGGCAUGAAACAGAGAUCAGUGGAACCGCAUGCACUAGAUAUGGUGGCAGCCAGCCAUGCCGCAGCUGUUGCUGUAGUUGCUACAUCUACUCCCGGCGGUGUGAUGGCCAUGCAGUCAGGCAGCCACAUGCAGUCAGGCAGCCACAUGCAGUCAGGCAGCCACAUGCAGUCAGGCAGCCACAUGCAGUCAGGCAGCCACAUGCAGUCAGGCAGCCACAUGCAGUCAGGCAGCCACAUGCAGUCAGGCAGCCACAUGCAUCAACCCCACUCGCAGCAGCAGCAGCCAGAUGAAGAAUUCAGUAACGAUGAGAAUGAGCGGCUGAACGAAAUAGAAUCCUUGAAAUCUCCAGCUGCUACCCAGGCCGUGGCGGCGCAAGACAGACACGAUGAUGGAGAGCAGCAAGACAGACACAAUGAUGGAGAGCAGCAGCCCAACACUGAGCUACAACAACGUUGCGAACUUCUCGAGCAGAACAUGGUACGUCAGAGGGCACAUCUUGAGAGUCAAAUUCGACGUCGUGACGAGACCAUUGAACAGCUGCAGAGUCAGCUUACCCAGCGUGAUACAGGAGCAGCAGAAGUAACACAGCUUCAAUCCUCCAACCAGCAACUUCAACAGACACUGCAAGCAAACGAAGAGGAGAAAGCACAGCUGCGCAAUGCAUUGGACGCAGCGGCAACUAGAAUAAAGAGGUUGGAGAAUGAAACAGCUUUGCACAAGGAAACUGAACAGCUUCAAGUACUGCAGUUGGAAGAGCUUCACACAGAGCUGCAAAAUUCCAAAAAGAUUGUACAGGCGGCAAUGCAGCUACAGGAGACGUGCCAGCAACAGGGCGAGGAAUUGAAGUUGGCCAAAGCCGACAGAGAUGUUUUGGUCCAGCAGAACAGAGAGCUCAUCGCCUCUAGUCGCCAGCAGUCGGUCAGAAGUGAAGCCUUGGAGAAAGAACUGUCUCAACAGCAGGAGGCCAACAUACGAAUGAGCCAGGAAAUAUCUGCCAAGGAGCACCGACUGGAGGAAGAGAUUGCAGCAAUGCGGACACAACGCGAGCAGGGUGCUGCAGAAGUCAACGCAUACAAGACAGAGAUUGGGCAGAUCAGAACUGAACUACACAAAUUCCAGGAGGCAUAUCAAGGGAGAGAGGCAAUGUUCACGCAGAAGCUGGCAGAGUCACAGCAUCACCUUCAGACUGCCUUGCAAGAGGUUGCAGAACGGGAUGCUUUGCUAUUGAAGCAGAACGGUGAGGUUGUCCCAGCUGCACAGAAGACGAUAGCCGAGGAAUGCAACGCACUGCGCAAUAACAAUGCCGCACUACAAGGCGAGUUGGCACGAGUUCACAGAGAGCGAGACCAUGAAGUCGCCAAGCUGCGAAAAGACAUCGCUGAUCUCCUACGUCAAAGCCGAGAAAACGGAAUGGAAACGCAUUCCAGGCAAGCGCUCGGUUCGUCUGACCAUGGCCAACAAGCAGGAGAGAGAUUUGUUUACAUGGAACAUCAAGUUCAAGUGCUUGAAGAUAAUUUGAAGAAAGCCAUCCACGAUAAAGACAAGAUGAAAAAGGCUGCUGAAAAAUACAGACGAGAAAGGGAGCACUACAAGCAAAGGGUGGCCGAGCUAAGCUCUCGUCUGCAAGUAAACGUAUCUCCACUUCAAACCAGUGGCCUGGGUACUCCAAUGUCUUCGCAGCAAACAACACCGCAGUCGGUGCCACUCCCAGCUACGGGCACCGAUGGUGUGAGUCAGGAUAGCUUGGCAGGCCACCGACAAGACGACGCACAGCACCGAGUCACAACGUCACAGCACUAUUCACCAGCGGUGGUAUCCAGUAGUCCCAACAAGCAACCACAUCAGCAGGCUAGAGGAAGGGUGGCGAGCACCAGGACAACACCAAAGUCAAUGGCCACAUCUCAAUCAAGUGCAGGUCCAAUGCUAGCGACGCGUCCAGCGUCAGAGUUUGUUUCCCCGACCGGGCACGCACCUCUGGACAUGGACGCAUACCAAGCAACGCAUGCACUGCACCAGCACCAGCAGCACGUGCCGAUCAGCUUGGCUCCGGCGGACCAUCCAUCCGCUUCAUCACGAAGCCGAUCCCUACACCGCUCACAGUCUCAGAAAGCUGACAGCCAGCGAGCAGAUCCGGACGGACGUAGUCACUCCAGUCGCCGUCAUGUUCGAUCUGCAUCAGCUGAUAAUGCCCGCUACAUGCCGGACCCACGCCCGGCCACUCACCUGCCACUUACUGGACACGUGUCGCCGGGUAGUCAGCCACUUCAGUAUGCAGUGCGUGUGUCUGUUGGGGAUCCAGUCAUCGUCAAGCGCACCAACAAUGAGAGGCACUUUGGCUUUGUGCGCUAUAUUGGACCACUGCACGGUACUGACGGAGAAGCAGACUAUUACGGCGUGGAACUGUCACAUCCACAUGGCAAGAAUAAUGGCACACACAGAGGUCGCUCCUAUUUUCAAUGCGAACCCAAGCACGGUGUAUUCGUACCACAGAGCCGCAUCGAGCCAGUUGGAUCGUAAUACAUGUCUCCUGCAGCUCGCUCAACGCACAAUGUAUCCAUGCCGCCGCGUUGCACCAAACUAAUUCUGGUGCUAUGGCUUUCCUGUGGAGAGGCCGCCCAGUUUGCCUCAUCUGUCUAGCCUAUUCAUUACUGCGAGCUGUGUUUCUUUACAUCCUUUCAUUCUGUUAUUACCUUAGAAUAUGGAAUUCACACAGUGCUGUAAGGCUAUAGCUCUGAGUAUCUUGUUAUCUGAAGAGAUUAGUACCAUUAGCUUAGUACCAUUAUACCAAUAUACCAUUAUACCAAUAUACGAGUUUGUUUGAUGAUAUGCGCAAUUAUUAUGUUGUCCAUACAAGAGGCUUUUUCACCAUUAGAUCAAAAGAGGUAGCAUUAUUCGACCGCUAGUAUUUAGAAUUUUAUACUUCGAAUUGUAUGAGAGGAAUAUAUUCUACACCUGAUGAGUUUUGAAUGGAUUUUUU